AUGUCUAUGUCUCGUACCCCUUCUCCUGCCCCUGGCGGCGCCUGGUCAAGUCCAGGUCUGAACAUGACCUCGAGCGGCCGAACAACACCAAUAAAAGGAUACUCGUCGCCAAAUGGUGCUCCUGGCAUGUGGGAGUCGGCAAGAAUAAAGAACUCUGGGGCCAGCGGUUAUCCGUCCUUCUCAACCCAGAACCAGGGCUUCUUCACCCGCCAUAUGCGCCGUAUAUCGAGUAGUCUGCCACGGUUCAAUGCCAAUGCCCACUACGCCGAGAAGGAGAAGCUUGGUCGUGGCCGGUGGGCAGCUCAGGAUGCCCCACUGCUUGGGAGAUUGAAAGGCAUAGUGGGACGGAUGGGUAGGAAGUUGAAGCUCCGACUUCUUGUCGGCUUCCUCUUUCUAUUCUCCCUCAUAAUAUUCUAUAAUACCCCUCUAAUAUAUCACUGGAGGAGAUCCCCAUGGUUCGGAAGCGGCGAGAAGUACGUCAUCAUCCUCGCGGCCAAUGUUGGCGGAGGCGUGAUGGAGUGGAAAGGCGCGCGAGAGUGGGCUAUCGAGAGAGACUCGGUUCGAAACAAGAAGAAAUACGCGAACACCUGGGGAUAUAACCUGGAAAUCGUGGACAUGAGCACCAAGAAGCGAUAUGCGCACGAAUGGCGGGAGAGUUGGGAGAAGGUUGACUUCAUCCGGAUGUGCAUGAGGAAGUACCCAAAGGCUGAGUGGUUUUGGUGGCUGGACCUCAACACUUUCGUCAUGGAACCAUCCUACUCUCUUCAGAACCAUAUCUUCAACAGCCUGGAGGAACAUUCCUACCGCGACAUCAACGAAUACAACCCUCUCAACAUCACCCACCCCCCAACCGACCCCUAUCUUGACGCCGAGUCGCUCAGUGCGGUGGGUGACGGGAAUGUCAACUCGGUCAACCUGCUCCUGUCACAAGAUUGUUCGGGCUUUAACCUGGGUUCCUUCUUCGUCCGCCGUGGUGCGUGGACGGAUCGGCUGCUGGAUGUCUGGUGGGAUCCCGUGGCAUACGAACAGAGGCAUAUGGAAUGGGCGCACAAGGAGCAAGAUGCACUCGAACAGCUCUACAUUGCCCAGCCGUGGAUUCGGAAGCACACGGCUUUCCUGCCCCAACGCAUGAUUAACAGCUUCCCAGUGGGCGCCUGCUCCGAGAACGGCAAUGACUCCCAUAUCCACUACAAGGAGGAGGACCGGGACUUCUUGGUCAACAUGGCUGGGUGCGAAUGGGGUCGUGACUGCUGGGGCGAGAUGUACAAGUUCCGGGAACUGAGCUACCACCUCAACCGGAGCUUGUGGGAGCGCUUCAAGGAGGACUUAUUGGCCGUGAUCUGGUUCAAAAUCACUGGCCAGAAGGUCAAGCUCUGA